GUCCUCCCCACCGCGCGCAUGCGCCGCGCCGGCUCGCGGAAAGCAUGGCGGGGGCCACGCCAGGCGCCAUCAUGGCCGAAGACUACUUCGGGAACGCGGCCGAGUGGGGCGACGAGGCGGAUGGCGGCCAGCAACAGGAGGAUGAUUCUGGAGAAGGAGAGGAUGAUGCAGAGGUGCAGCAGGAAUGCCUUCAUAAGUUUUCUACCCGGGACUAUAUCAUGGAGCCCUCUAUCUUCAACACUCUGAAGAGGUAUUUUCAGGCAGGAGGCUCUCCAGAGAAUGUCAUCCAGCUCUUAUCUGAGAACUACACUGCUGUGGCCCAGACUGUGAACCUGCUAGCUGAGUGGCUCAUUCAGACAGGUGUUGAGCCCGUGCAGGUCCAGGAAACUGUGGAAAACCACCUGAAGAGUUUAUUGAUCAAACAUUUUGAUCCCCGCAAAGCAGAUUCUAUUUUUACUGAAGAAGGAGAGACCCCAGCUUGGCUUGAACAAAUGAUUGCACAUACCACAUGGAGAGAUCUGUUCUACAAACUGGCUGAAGCCCAUCCAGACUGUUUGAUGCUUAACUUUACUGUUAAGCUGAUUUCUGAUGCGGGGUACCAAGGGGAGAUCACCAGUGUGUCCACUGCCUGCCAGCAGUUGGAAGUGUUCUCCAGAGUGCUCCGUACCUCUCUAGCCACCAUCUUGGAUGGAGGGGAAGAAAACCUUGAAAAAAAUCUCCCUGAGUUUGCUAAGAUGGUGUGUCACGGGGAGCACACGUACCUGUUUGCGCAGGCCAUGAUGUCCGUGCUGGCCCAAGAGGAGCAGGGCGGCUCUGCGGUGCGCAGGGUGGCACAGGAGGUGCAGCGCUUCGCUCAGGAGAAAGGCCAUGAUGCCAGUCAGAUCACACUGGCUUUGGGCACAGCUGCUUCCUACCCCCGGGCCUGCCAGGCCCUUGGGGCCAUGCUGUCUAAAGGAGCCCUGAACCCUGCAGACAUCACUGUUCUGUUUAAGAUGUUCACAAGCAUGGACCCACCUCCUGUUGAACUGAUCCGGGUGCCAGCCUUCCUGGACCUGUUCAUGCAGUCACUCUUUAAACCGGGGGCCAGAAUCAACCAGGAUCACAAACACAAGUACAUCCACAUCUUGGCCUAUGCAGCAAGUGUGGUUGAGACCUGGAAGAAGAAUAAGCGAGUGAGCAUCAAUAAAGAUGAGCUGAAGUCAACGUCGAAGGCUGUGGAAACUGUUCACAAUUUGUGUUGCAAUGAGAACAAAGGGGCCUCUGAACUCGUGGCAGAACUGAGUACACUUUAUCAGUGUAUUAGGUUUCCAGUGGUAGCAAUGGGUGUGCUGAAAUGGGUGGAUUGGACCGUGUCAGAACCAAGGUACUUCCAACUGCAGACUGACCAUACUCCCGUGCACCUGGCAUUGCUAGAUGAGAUCAGCACCUGCCACCAGCUCCUGCACCCCCAGGUCCUGCAAUUGCUUGUUAAGCUCUUCGAGACUGAGCACUCCCAACUGGAUGUGAUGGAGCAGCUUGAGCUGAAGAAGACACUGCUGGACAGGAUGGUUCACCUGCUGAGUCGAGGUUAUGUACUUCCUGUUGUCAGUUACAUCCGAAAGUGUCUGGAGAAGCUGGACACUGACAUUUCACUCAUUCGCUAUUUUGUCACUGAGGUACUGGAUGUUAUCGCUCCUCCAUACACCUCUGACUUUGUGCAGCUCUUCCUCCCCAUCUUGGAAAAUGGCAGCAUUGCGGGCACCAUCAAAACAGAAGGCGAACAUGACCCCGUGACAGAAUUUAUCGGUAAGGUCUCAGUAGAUCUGCUCUGGCUACAUCGGUAUGUGUCAGUUUGCACCUUCUGUUUCUAACCCAGUGACUGUGUGCGUCUGGUUUCAGCUCACUGCAAGUCUAACUUCAUCAUGGUGAACUAAGUGAAGCAUCUGCAGAGCUGAAGCAGGUUUUCCAGGCUCCACUGAGGAGAGCCCUCUCAAGAAGCUGCCAUUUGCAGCUCAGCCAGCACCUUGGAUGUGGAAUCUGCUGAGGGGUGGAUGACUUCCUUAGAAGCAAAGUGUUAGCAGUGUGAGAGCCUGCUAGUGACAUCUCCUCCCCGUAUGGUCAGUCCAGUGCUCAAUUCCCUCCACAUUGCCUCCGCAUGAACCUGCUGCUGGCCCUGGGGGUGGUGGGAGUUGUGAAGUUGAGACUCUGGUGAACAACUUUUCAAGGCUGACUAAGUUUUCUCACAAGAACCCAAUUGGUUAGUUGAUGUUUUAUUGUAAUUGUUUAAAUUUGCUAAUAAAUUUUUAAAAAGCUUUUGUGCUGAA